AGUAGAUUGAAUUGAGAACAGGAAGUACCAGUACAGCCAAGUCAAAGGUGCAGUACAUCCUCUACACAACGGAUUGUAAAGGGUAUCGGGCUUGAUUUAAACUUGUUUUACUACUUCAACUGACAAGGUCUGGAAGCACUUCUGGGAAAUGGCUCAAAAUUGCCUCAAGUGUUUGAAAUACACCAUGUGUAUGGUUAACUUCUUGUGCUUUAUGUGUGGAACGGCAGUGUUUGGUUUUGGAGUGUUCCUGAUGUUGAACACCAAGGUUUCUGCUCUCAUCCCCACCCUGUCCACCUUGAAUCUGGCCAACACACUCUUCAUCACGGGCAUCAUCAUCACUUGCGUGUCCUUCCUGGGGUUCCUGGGGGCUCUUAAAGAGAACCGCUGCCUCCUCAUCACUUUUUUCAUCCUGCUGUUCAUUCUGAUGUUGGUGGAACUGACUGUAGCCUGUCUACUGCUGGUAUAUGAGAAAGAGAUUGACAAAUUCCUAGAGAAGGAUCUCACAGAAAGUCUGAUGAAAUCCAAGAAGUCAACUAAAGGUGGGAAUUCCACAAACACGGACGACUGGGACAUCAUUCAGGUCACGUUCCAGUGCUGUGGGAUCCACAACACAAGUGACUGGAAGGACAAAGUGCCUCUGUCCUGCUGUCGAGAGAGCCCAUGUGGUCCCAAGACGCCAGUAUACUGGGAGGCCGGUUGUUACAAUAAGCUGAAGGUGUGGUUUGAGGAGAACUUCCUAGUCACCGGUGUUGGUGUGAUUAUGCUCUGCAUUAUCGAGGUCCUGGGCAUGUGUUUCUCCAUGACUUUGUUCUGUCACAUAAGCCGGUCUGGACUCGGCUACAAGUUAUGACAUUUCUGCUUACAUGGUUAGGACCUUUGUUCUAACUGAAAACAUCUGUCUUCAACUGUUUUACAGAGAAUUUCCAUAUACAGAACUAUAAACUUACAUUUACAGGCACCUAUGAGAUUUUAUACACUUAAAUGAAUGUUUGUUUUCUGUAAUAUAAUGCCAUCAGUUCAUUUUAUGCUGAAAGGCAGGCACUUUAUAAUGUAAAUCCAAAUAAUGCAAUAAACAUUGAGCUUUUAAAUGAA